AUGUGGUCGCCGUGGGUCCGCCGGAGCAAGGCCUCCGGGCGACUCACACAGUCGCCGUCCUUCUCCUCGCCCGCGGCAUCGUCACCCACCGUCAAGGACUACCCGGGCAUCGGCGCCAUCCUUGAAGACGCAGCGCCCAGCGCAGGCGCUGGCACCGGUGGCAAGAACAUCAUGCAUCGCGCGAGGUCGACGUCAAAGCUACGGACGUGCAAGUCGUUCGCAGUGGCCGAGGCGGCCGCGGCGGCCUCGGUCGCGGGCGAGCGCCGCGUCGUGCUCUACUUCACCUCCAUCCGCGCCGUGCGCGCCACGUUCGAGGACUGCCGCGCCGUGCGCACCAUCCUACGGGGGCUCCGCGUCGCCGUCGACGAGCGUGACGUGUCCAUGGACGCCGCCUACCUCGCUGAGCUCCGCGCGCUAAUGCGGGUCGACCGCCCCGCGCUGCCGCAGCUCUUCGUCGGCGGCCGCCUCAUCGGGGACGCCGACGAGGUGCGCCUCCUGCACGAGAGCGGGGAGCUCCGUCGCGUCUUUGCCGGCGCGCCGCUGGCCGCGCCCACGCCGUGCGCGUCCUGCGGCGGCUCGCGGUUCGCGCCAUGUGGCGCCUGCGGCGGCAGCCACCGGCGGUUCAGCGAGAAGACUGGCGGCUUCCGCGUCUGCGCGGCGUGCAACGAGAAUGGACUCGUCCGGUGCGCCGCCUGCUGCACCGGUGGCUGA